CCAAUCCCUACUGGAGCAGCCUUCAGGAUUAGAAAGUACUCCACACCUUGGAGAGUCUAGGAGACAGGAGAAUCAUUUUAAAUGCAAAUUAAAUUGAGGGGGUAGCAGAAAAGAACACAUAAAAGACGGUAAAACAAAACCUUUCAAUUUUCUUAAAUUAGCAGGCUAAUGUGUUCUAAAGAGCAGCCCUACUCAGAUUCCAUCUUGGGGGGUAGCAUUUCAUCACAAUAUAAAACCGGCGGAUCCAUCAUUUCCCUCCACUCUGUGCUCCUGACUGGAGAUUGAAGGGAAAAUUAGAAGCUGUUCAUUUGGGCUUGCCGGCUCAGCAGCCCGGCUCAGUUUGCUUUCUGCUCUCCAGCUACAUCCUGUUGAAGGAGGACAAGGGCUGAUAUCUACGUGAUUAGCUUCCCUCAAAAUCCUGCUUUGAACAUCGAAGAUGGAUUAUCCCAAAAUGGAUUAUUUUCUGGAUGUUGAGUCUGCUCAUAGACUCUUGGAUGUGGAGUCAGCACAAAGAUUCUUCUACAGUCAAGGAGCUCAAGCUCGCCGGGCGACCCUGCUCCUGCCUCCCACAUUAAUGGCGGCUUCUUCGGAGGAUGACAUAGACCGGCGGCCCAUCAGAAGAGUCCGCUCCAAGAGCGACACGCCAUAUCUCGCAGAAGCCAGGAUCUCCUUUAACCUGGGGGCAGCCGAGGAAGUGGAGAGACUGGCGGCCAUGCGUUCUGACUCGCUGGUCCCUGGUACGCACACCCCACCUAUCCGGAGGAGGAGUAAGUUUGCCAACCUGGGAAGGAUUUUCAAGCCUUGGAAAUGGAGGAAGAAGAAAAGUGAAAAGUUCAAGCACACAUCAGCAGCUCUGGAAAGGAAGAUAUCGAUGAGGCAGAGCAGAGAGGAGCUGAUCAAGAGAGGGGUCUUGAAGGAAAUCUAUGAUAAAGAUGGAGAGCUCUCCAUAUCGAAUGACGAUGACUCCCUGGAGAACGGACAGUCCCUGAGCUCCAGCCAACUGUCUUUGCCUGCCCUGUCAGAAAUGGAGCCUGUACCAAUGCCCAGGGACCCCUGCUCGUUUGAGGUGCUCCAAGCUUCAGAUAUCAUGGACGGACCAGUGUCUCAAGAGAGUCCCUCUGCCAGUGAGUCUGGAGUCCUCCUGUCCCAAGAUCCUUCAGCCAAACCAGUUCUGUUCCUGCCCCCCAAAAAACCUGCUGCUUUCUCUGGAGACCAUGAGGAGACCCCAGUGAAGCAGUUGUCCCUUCUCAAGCAGCCCCCGGCCCUGCCUCCCAAACCCACUGCCCGGAUUGCCAACCACUUAACAGAUCCUGGCGCCCCUGUGAAAUUGCCUUGUCUGCCAGUGAAACUGUCGCCUCCGCUACCUCCAAAGAAAGUCCUGAUCUGUAUGCCUGUCGGGGGGCCAGAGCUCUCCCUGGCAUCCUACGCAGCCCAGAAGAGCAGCCAGCAGGCCGUGGCCCAACACCACCACACUGUCCUGCCAUCCCAGAUGCAGCACCAACUGCAGUAUGGCAGCCACGGCCAGCACCUCCCGUCCUCUACCGGCACCUUGCCCAUGCACCCCUCAGGCUGCAGGAUGAUCGAUGAGCUGAACAAGACACUUGCUAUGACCAUGCAGAGGCUGGAAAGCUCCGAGCAGCGAGUCCCCUGUUCCACUUCUUACCACAGCUCUGGUUUGCACUCGAGCGACAGUGUCACAAAAGCAGGACCCAUGGGCCUUCCGGAAAUAAGACAAGUGCCAACCGUUGUGAUCGAAUGCGACGACAAUAAAGAGAAUGUGCCUCAUGAGUCCGACUAUGAAGACUCAUCCUGCCUAUACGCCCGGGAGGAGGAGGAAGAGGAGGAGGAAGAUGACGACGAUGCUUCAUUGUACACCAGCUCUCUGGCCAUGAAGGUCUGCAGGAAGGACUCCUUAGCCAUCAAACUCAGCAACAGGCCCUCGAAGCGAGAGCUGGAGGAGAAGAACAUCCUCCCCAGACAGACCGAUGAGGAGAGGUUGGAGCUCAGACAGCAGAUUGGCACCAAGCUCACAAGGCGGCUGAGCCAGAGACCCACCGCAGAGGAACUGGAACAGAGAAACAUUCUGAAGCCUCGGAAUGAACAAGAAGAGCAGGAGGAGAAGCGCGAAAUCAAGAGGAGGCUGACUCGCAAGCUCAGUCAAAGGCCCACGGUGGAAGAACUUCGCGAAAGGAAAAUCCUCAUCCGCUUCAGUGACUAUGUGGAGGUGGCAGAUGCUCAGGACUAUGACCGCAGGGCAGAUAAGCCAUGGACACGACUCACAGCUGCCGACAAGGCUGCCAUUCGGAAGGAACUCAAUGAGUUUAAAAGCACUGAAAUGGAAGUCCACGAGUUAAGUAGACACUUGACAAGGUUUCAUCGACCUUAACAGUGGGAUUACUCUCCAGUGCUCUGCUGUCUUCAAAACAUAAAUUUAUAAGAACCAUAAGUGCUGGCAUUUGUCUACUUCCCCAUUACGAUGUAAAUCUGAACUGCCUUUUUUUUUU